CAGUGUAGACUCAGAGCUGAAGUCUGAACUCCACCUUGAGGCAGAAUGAGGUUCACCCCAGGAUCUCUGCUUCUCAUUCUGCUGGUCUGCAGCCUCUCUCCAGUCCAUGGUGUUCUGGAGGCCUAUAACACAAACUUAAAGUGUAAAUGCAUCCGAGAGACGGUACCCUUAUUCCCCUUCCGCAUUGUUGACCGGAUUCAAAUCACUGCCCCUGGGAAUGGGUGUCCAAACCCAGAAAUCAUACUUUGGUUGAAGAAUAAGUCAGUUGUAUGCUUGAACCCUAAAGCCAAAAAGACACAAACUUUAAUGAAGGUAUUAAAGAGAAGAAAUGUACUUUUAACUCCACCAGCUCCAAUGUCUAAGAAAACGACUGUCUGAUGCCAAUAUCCCCACUAAGGAUACCUGCAUUCCCCCUCAUUCCUGCUCUGGGUUUUAGUUUUGUGUUUGGUUGAAUCUUUUCCAAGAAAAAGUGCUUCCCCAUACAAGCAAGCAUGAGAAUAUAUGUAAAAAUAACCCUGCAGAAGGUGAUGGGGCAAACUUGAGGUUUUUGCGAAUACAGGACCCUACAUACUUGGAGUUUACAUUCUUAUUCAUCAAGGAGGAAAGUUUCUUUGAGGAUAGUUACUUAGUUAAUACAUAUAGGUUUCUUCUGAUAAUAUACCGAUUGUUUAAUGAUAAAUUUUCCUAGAAGAUAAGGGAAUGAGAAGUAAAACCUCAAGUCUGAAUACGUGGCUUCAAUUAAGAAGGAAAUAAUGCAAUGCAUUUCAAUCAUUUUACAUCCUAAGAAAACCAGACUUCCAUAAGAGCCUGGAAAAGCUGCUUGGGAAACUCAUGGAACUUCGGCCUGACAGCAGACAGAGGGCUUCUUAUAGUAGAAUCUUCCAUGUGAAAGCUCACUAUUGAGAGGAAUGGGGUCCUUCUUCUAUUUUAACAAGUUCCUUUGUAAGAUUUAUUGUCAUGCAUAAAAGCUAAUAACAUUCAAAGAUCCCCAGACUUAAAUUCAUAGAAUAUUCAGGAAAAACAUUUAAAGUGUGAUAUUCAGAUAUAUUAUUUUAUGCAUUUGCUUUGAUGAACUUUUUACUCACAUCUUUUGCACAGACUUUUUUUUUUUUUUUGGUCUCUAGUAUCCAAUUUUUUAAUGCUUCCUAUUAAGCUAAUUCUAUUCAAUAAAGCUGAGCAAACAUUUUACUUAA